AUGAAUUGUUCCAGUACCUCAAAAGCUGCGUGUGACGGACGUCAAGCAGAUACCAAUCUGUCUCUGCAAUCACCUUCCCGAGCUGGAUCUGUUCCCCACUGCCUUGUGGGUCAAGCUAUUGAACCAAAAGCUCCGGACGGAGUACCUCAAGCAAACCUCCAAAUCAGCCACUGCCUUGUGGGUAAGGCUAUUGAGUCAAAGGCUCCGGGUGGAGUCCCUCAAGCAAACCUCGGAAGCACAACCACCACUUCGCGUGAGAUUGCCCACCGAUACAAACGUAUGUCUGCGCGCAAAGCACUCAGCAUCGGGUGCUGGAACGUGCGCACACUACUGGACCGGAACUCCAGUGAGCGCCCCGAGCGAAGCACUGCACUCGUCGCGAUGGAAAUAGCGCGUCACCACAUCGAUAUUGCGGCGCUCAAUGAAACCCGGCUCGCUGAGCAAGGUAAGUUGCAUGAAGCGUGUGCUGGCUACACAUUCUACUGGGUGGGCAAGGCCGCCUCAACACCACGUGAUCAUAGGGUCGGAUUUGCAAUAUCUGAUCGCGUCCAUGGCCAGCUGGUGGGUGAACCAACAAGCAUCAGCGGGCGACUGAUGACUGUUGGAGUACGACUCGGAAGAGGUAAGUUUACCACCUUUAUAAUCACGUACGGUCCGACCAUGUGUUAUGCUGACGAUACGCGUGAUCAAUUCUACACACAGCUAUCUUCCGUGAUACGGUCUGUGCUGAGAAGCGACCGACUAUUUCUGCUGGGUGAUUUCAACGGGCGCGUUGGGCGUGAUGCAUCGGUGUGGACAGUUGUUAUCCGUCCGCAUGGUAUUGGUUCAUCGAAUGCGCACGGUGACAGGUUGCUCUCACGGUGCGCCACUCACGGUCUGACGAUCAUGAGCGCUCGGUUUGCAAUGUGUGCUAGUGAUUUAGCAACUUGGACGCACCUACGGAGUGCUCACCCUCACCUGCUCUACUAUGUUUUCGUACGUCAGCGUGACAUGCGUGAACUGUACAUGACACGUGUACUGCAUGGAGCUGAGUGUGUCCCUGAGCAUAAAUUGGUGCGGACCAAACUGUACAUAUAUUUUCGUAAAGCUAUAUAUUGCACUCCCGCCGUGAAUCGGCGUAAAUUUAACAUUCCCUCCCUCGGUACUGUGGCGAAACGUAUUGAGCUGGAGAAGGCGACGGCUGCCCGCCUGUGUGAUGUGGAAUGCACAGCCACAGUGAGCCAUCUGUGGCACCACAUUCGCGACCAGGUGACAGCGGUCGCCGAGGAGACCAUCGGGCGCGCAAACUGCAAGCGGCCUGAUUGGAUUGAUGAGGAUAAUGCAACGAUUGGCGCAUUGGUGUCGGGGAAGAAUGCAGCAUUUGCUGCACAUGUGCCAGACCCCAGUGCCUUGGGGAAGAGUAGUCAGUUUCGCAAACUUCGACGGCGACUGACCCGAGAGCUCCGUCGCAUUAAAAAUGCAUGGUGGACGAAGAAGGUGAGGCGGAUGUAA